AUGUAUCUAUCCCUGGGGUUGUUACAGGAAAUCCUGGGUAUUUAUAUCAUAUAUAUCAUUGUCUCCGUCCCAACCUCCACCUCCACCCCACCUUCACCCCCACCCCCACCCCCACCUCCACCCCCACCUCCACCCCUACCUCCACCCAACCCCCACCUCCACCCCACCCCCACCUCCACCCCCACCCCCACCUCCACCCAACCCCCAACUCCACCCCCACCUCCACCUCCACCCCCACCCACCCAACAAGUCCCAAAUUGUGUUUGA